AAAUUUCAUAAAUUUUAAAAAGAACUAAAUAAGUAAACAAAUCGAUCUUCAAAGAGAAUUCCUAUAAUAAUAAACAAUUAAAUUGUUAACAAAUUAAACAAUAAGUGUUUCAAAAAAUUUAUUCAAAUAUGAACUGGUGUCCGGGAAUUAGUUUCCUAUUCAAAAUGUGCGAUUCAACGACAAGUGAUGAUGACAAUAAAUUAAGAACUGACUUUUCACGACAUUUCUUUUAUCCAAAUAUUUGUCAUGUUUGCAAUUGUCAUGACAGUGAAGUGAAACUUAAAAAAUGUGGCAAUUGUAAAAUGAUUUAUUAUUGCAGUCAGGAACAUCAAAAAAUUCACUGGCCAGUGCAUAAAACAUUUUGUAAGCACAUCACUGAUUUGAAACGUAUUUCGAAUGAGAAAAAUAUUGAAACAAAAAUGAAUUUAAUUCUCUCGCUUGAAGCAAUUAUGAAAAGAAAAUUGGAAUCAUACGAGAAUGAAAUGAUUGAAUAUCAAAAAUUUUGUGAUUUUUGCUUUGAAAAUAAUGAUAAUUUAUUGAAAACUUGUCCACGAUGUCCACACGCAAAUUUUUGUGAAAAACAUGAAAAUAAUAAAGAGCAUGAAGAAUUUUGUUCACUCUAUACAAUGUGUUUUCUUCAAGAUUAUUAUGCAAUUGUUUUUCAAGAAAUGCCAAUUCCAAGAAUGAUGGAAUUCACGCCACGCGAUGGGAAAAUUGAAGAUUUACCGAAUUCGAUGAAAAAUUAUAUGGAUAUUUAUUUUAAAUCGCAUGAAGAAUCGAAAUUUUAUUUUCCACCUGAGGACGUGAAAAUUUAUGUUUCACAACAUUUUACAAGACCGUUGACUUUAAUUUCUGCCAUGAGAGAAAUUCAAUUUCUCGAUAAAUUCUAUUUGAGUAAAUUGAUAAUUCAUGUUUUGGGAGCUAGUAAACGUGAAGAAAAAUCGUUUGUUGAGUGGGAAAUUUUAUUCCAUUGGUUACCUCGACACAUAAGGGAAAUUAAAGUUGUUCUUGUUGGACCAGAACUCACAACCGAUGAUUCUUUUUCUCAAGGAAAAGAAUUGGAACUUUGCGCUGAUUGUUCCUCCAAAGGCAAAUCUAUGAAAAUCCAGAUCGAGAAUAUUCUUUAUUCAACUUAUUGUGAGGAGGAAAAUUUUGAAAAACCUGAUAUUUGUGUUGGUUUUAAUCUUGGAAUAAUUGCCUAUGAUUCAUGGGAAGAAUCAAUAAUGGAAGUUUUAAAGUUCAUGUGUCCUUUCGUUUUAACGGCAUUUUCGGAACGUGAUGCAAAGGACGAUCAAGGAGUGAUGCAAAAAAAAUUCAAUGUCAGUGCGAAAAUAGUUAAAAAUCCAUUUGCAAGUUUACGACCAAAAAGAAGUGUAAUUGGAGAGAAAAUAUUCUAUGAAAAUCAGUUCUUAAUGAUUUUUGAUGAUUUUGAUGGUAGUUAUUUCCUUAGUGGCAAAAUACAGGAAAUAGAAAUUAAAAAUUCAGAGAGCGGAAAUUCCAGUAAGGAAAUUCAUGAGAAGGAAGAAGCAAAAGAAAAAAACGAGAAAUUCUCUGAACACUAAAUCUCUUCAGAGUUUUAAAAAAGAACUUAUUUAAAUUAAGAAUUUGUUAUUGAAAAUAUUUAUGACAUUUAAAAAAAUGUCGCAAAACUAUAUUUAGAAGAGAAUUUUGUUAUUGCAUUUUGACUUUAUUUGAUAUUACAAAUGUAAAUGUGUUUUGUGAUACAAAUUGUCAAUUUCAUAGAAAACUGUUUUAUAUUUUUUUACUUUAUGAAAGUAAAACCGAUUUACGUUUUUUUCGCCCAGAAUGUAAUUCUUUUUUCGUUUAAUGUAAGAAGACUACUUUUUUAUUCUUAUUCUUUAUUGGAAAAUAUUUUGUUCCCAAAAAUUCUUUUUUCGUUUAAUAUAAGAAAAUCUACUUUUUUGUUCUUAUUCUUUAUUGGGAAAUAUUUUGUUCCUAAAAAUAUUCACUUAAAAAAUGUAAAGUAUUCUUUGUUUCAUUGUAUAUGUAAUUAAGAAUACAUUAAAAUAAAAAUAUAUAAUUUGAAAAAUCCUCA